CGAGGAGCCAGCUUUGAGCAGUGCUUUUGGAAUGCAGUGUGAUAAUACAAGAAGUCAGAAAGGGCACUCCGAGUGAUUUCUGUGGCCGCUGAUCCCAAGAUGGAGGACGACGCUGGUGCUGCUGAGUCCCAGCGGGACAAACUGUCUCUGGCCUACUCCCUGGAGAGACUGCUUCGGUUACCGCUUCCGCCGCCGCAGAUUCGCAUCCGGCCCUGGUGGCUUCCGGUGCAGGAACUGAGGAACCCUUUGGUGUUCUACCUGGAGGCAUGGCUGACGGAUGUGAUUUUUGGCCCAGACCGAGCCGUAAUUCCAAAAAUGGAGUGGAUGAGCCAGGCCCUCCUGACAGUGAACAUGGUGGACUCUGGGAACUUAGUUGAAAUCACUGUCUUCGGACGGCCCAGUGUCCAGAGCCAGGUGAUGAGCAUGCUCCUAGGCCUGGCGUGUUUUCAUCGAGAACAUCGUGCCCAAGCUGAGAAGAUGAAGCACCUUGAGGAGAACUUGAGAGCCCGUGCAUCAGGUUCCCACACUCCCCAGCAUCCUAUUGCUUAA